AUGCAGUCAACUGCGAUAUUGCUGGUGUCUGUUGUUUUCUAUCUAGGAAUUAUACAACUUGCGUUGGGAGUUAUCAUCACAGAUCCUUCACAGAUUGCUGGUACCAGUCCUUUUGACUACAUAAUUGUUGGAGGUGGAACUGCCGGUUUUGUCGUGGCAAAUCGUCUGACCGAAAACUCUACGAUCAGAGUUUUAGUUCUGGAAGCCGGUAUAGGGGAUGAAGGAGUUUUAGAGAUGCCUAUACCCUUCAUGGGCCCGAUUCUUACUCCUGAAACACAAUUUGGAUGGAAUUACACUGUCGCACCACAGAUCGGACUGGAUAAUCGAGUAUUUUCAUACCCGCGAGGCCGAGUCCUAGGAGGCUGUAGUGCUGUCAAUUAUUUAAUACAUCAAUUUGGCACGGACGAAGAUUGGAAUAGAAUCGCAAAUUUGACGUCGGAUCCAAAUUGGUCUUGGACAAAUAUGAAGCAAUACGUACAAAAGUACGAGAAUCUCGUCCCUCCCCUCGACGGUCAUAACACUACUGGACAAUUUAUUCCCUCACUUCAUGGUUUCAGUGGAAUGGUUGCGGCGAGCCUCCCAGCUCUCAAUGUUACUAUCGACUCUCGCGUUAUGGCCACUCUUGGGCAACAAUCAGAGUUUAAGUACAAUGAGGACACAGUAGGUGGCGAUCAGAGUCCUCUUGGAAUAGGUUUCAUUCAAUCCAGCACUGGGGGAGGCGUUCGAAGCAGUUCAUACACUGCCUAUUACCUUACUGCAGCGACUCGACCAAAUCUCGUUGUAUUGACUUCAGUUAUGGUCACCAACAUCGUCCAAACCGGAACGACAUCUGCAGGACUUAAGGCCUUUCGCAGUGUACAGUUUGUUCAGGGCCCUGGAUUUCCUCCAAUCACGAUCAAUGCAACACGAGAAGUAAUCCUAUCCGCAGGCUCCAUUGGUACUCCAAAGAUUCUGCAACUCUCAGGGAUAGGAAAUGCAGCAGAUUUGAAAAAACUGAACAUCCCCGUUCUAAUCAACAAUACAGAUGUAGGAAAUAACCUGUUCGAUCACACGCUCCUUCCCAACAUCUUCGUUGUCAAGGAUGCAAACGCUAACAACACUUUCGACAACUUGCUUCGAGAUCCAAACCAGAUUAGCAUUCAAACUAGCGAUUGGCUCAUAAAUAAAACCGGCCUUUUUGUCAACAAUAUAGCGAAUAAUUUUGGAUUUGCCAGAAUAGCAUUGAAUGGGAGCGCGGAUCCUGCUCCUGGACCCAAGUCUCCCCACUAUGAAAUGAUUUUUGCCAAUCUGUUCUUCCAAAACCCUGGCCCGUUCAGACCUGCAACUGGAGGGUAUUUUACUAUCGGAACAAUGCUAACUAGCCCAGUAUCUACUGGGACAGUUAAGAUUUCCUCUACGAAUCCGUUUGACCCCCCGAUCAUUGAUCCCAGAUACCUCACCAACCAAUUUGAUAUUAUAGCAAUGAGAGAAUCGGUCAGGGCCAUUUUACGAUUUACUGCAGCACCUGCCUGGAGUGAUUGGAUUGCCGGUCGCUUUGGACAAGCUUUUCAGAAUGCCACAGACGACGCAUCCAUUGAUGCAUAUGUCAGAAAUCUCACGAUAUCAGACAUGCAUCCAGUCGGUACUGCUUCGAUGUCGAUAGCUGGGACAUCUGGCGUUGUAGAUUCCAAUUUAUUGGUAAAGGGGGCCGAUGGACUUCGGAUCGUUGAUGCAUCUGUCUUUCCUAGGAGUCCUAGUUUACAUUCCCAAGGGCCUGUGUACUUGCUUGCUGAACGAGCUGCAGAUAUAAUCAAAGCAGCUCAGAGGUCAACGACCUCAUCUACGACAUCGUUAUCUAUUACACCUACUGUAACUUCAUCGAAGACGUCGUUUCCUGUUACUAGUACUCCAGCGUCUCCGGGAACAGUACCCGAAUUUGGCCAAUGUGGUGGGAUAGUGUCCCACCCUUCAACUGUGUUGUUCUAA